AUGGAAGAUGCAUCUUCAUACAAGUUUGAUCUUUGUCCUACUGGAAUAGAACCUGAUUCCAUUCUUAAAGCACAUAAUAUUAUUUCUAGAUCCAAUGUUGUCUUGAGAGAUAUUACAGAGCCAGAAGAUAACUUUAAGAAGGAGUGCAUUUGUACGAUGAAAUGCCGUUUUUCAAAGUGUCCAUAUACUCAAAAGGUUUUUGCCAAUUUUGAAAAGGAACGUGUGCGUCAUAACCACACCGAUAAAGAGUUGAUUGAGAAGUGCUAUUUAGGGUAUUUGAACAGCUACAUUAAGUUCUUUGUUCCCGUGUCCACGGAUACGACGGCAACAAACAUGAAAAUGUGUAUUAAGAAAGCCAUUUGUUCCCAAGAAGUUGAGGACUCAGAGACAUCAAAGAAAUUGUCAGCGUUAGGAUUCAAUACUGGUCCUCUAUCUAAGUUUAGAGCCGAAGUAUCGGAGGUGCAGAAAAGUGCAAAAAUGUGUGGAAAUAAUAGUUCCACAUCCGAGACUGACAUCACACAAGUAUGUACCGCCGUUAACAAUGAUGCAUCAAAUGAAAAGGAAGAUGCUGAUCAUUUGAAAUAG